UUGGGGGUUGAGUUCAGACACUUUACUGCACAGACCCAGGAUCAGGCAGGCGGUACAGGAUGCGUGUGGACCUGGUGGUGGUGUGUGUGGCCGCCGUGGUGCUCUCUCUCCCCGCUCUCUCAACAUGUGACCCACUCUAUGUGAUGAUGGCUCCUAACCUGCUGAGGGUUGGUACUCCUGAGAAGGUGUUGGUGGAGGCCCAGGACUACACUGGAGGAGACCUGGAGGUCACGCUCACAGUGAUGAAGUUCCCGCACCAGGAUGUGUUGACCAGCACGUCUGUCACUCUCAACAGAGCCAACCAGUACAUGCUGCUGGCAGACAUCACGAUCCCCAAAGAGGGAACUUUCGAGUAUGACGAGUCCAUGAACCAGUACGUCUACCUGCAAGCCCAGUUCCCAGGUCACCUGCUGGAGAAAGUGGUGUUGGUCUCCUUCCAGUCUGGAUACAUCUUUGUGCAGACAGACAAGACCAUUUACACACCUUCAAGCACAGUUCUGUACAGAGUGUUUUCACUUAAUCCUGCCCUGCACUCAGAAGACAGUGCCAUUUCUGUAGAGAUCAUGACUCCAGAUGGAAUAACAAUCAGCAAAGAGGUCAUUUAUACAAAAGGAGGAAUCAGGUGGGGAGACCACAGGCUGCCUGAAUUUGUCAGCUUUGGAACAUGGAAGGUGGUAACAAGAUUUUUUGCCACACCUCAGAUAAACUUCACUGCCGAGUUUGAGGUCAAAGAACAUGUUAUACCCAGCUUUGAAGUGUCGUUGACCCCAGGAAAAGCCUUCUUCUAUGUUGACGAUGAAGAAAUGACAGUUGACAUUGUUGCCAGGUAUUUGUAUGGGAAGGAUGUGACUGGGGUUGGAUUUGUGGCAUUUGGAGUCAGUACUGAAGAGAUUGAGAAAAUAAGUUUGGCAGCGUCACUGCAGAGGGUAGAGAUAAGAGAAGGGAAAGGCACAGCAGUGCUGAAGAGAGAUCACAUCACACAAACUUUCCCCAACAUCAACGAGCUGGUCGGAUCCACCCUCUAUGUGUCUGUUAGUGUCCUAACAGAGACAGGCAGUGAGAUGGUGGCCUCCAAGAGAGGUAUACCGAUAGUCACAUCCCCAUACACCAUUCACUUUAAGAGGACACCCAAAUACUUCAAGCCAGGGAUGCCCUUCGACGUUUCAGUCUUGGUGACCAAUCCAGACAACUCACCUGCAGACAAGGUGGAUGUGGAGGUGACGGCAGCUGGCCAAUCAGUGAAGAGUUCCACUCGCUCCAACGGCAUGGCCAAAGCCACCAUCACCACGCUGGGUGGGGCUUCCGAACUGCCAAUCAUUGUGACGACGAAAGCCCCAGGUCUCACUGAUGCUCAACAGGCCAGAGCGGACAUGACAGCGGUUCCGUAUGUGUCCAAGGGAGGUUCCAAGAAUUACCUGCACAUUGGUGUGGAUGCAGCAGAGCUGACCAUCGGAGAUCAACUCAAGAUCAACCUGAACCUGGGAGGAAGUCCUGGAGCCCAGAAUAAUGACUUCACGUACCUAAUUCUAAACAAAGGACAACUUGUGAAAGCUGAGAGGUUCAAGAGACAGGGCCAGUCUGUAGUGACUUUGUCCUUCGCAGUGACCAAGGACAUGGUCCCCUCCUUCCGUAUCGUGGCCUACUACCACGUGGGCUCAUCUGAGGUGGUGUCUGACUCAGUCUGGGUGGACGUGAAGGACACCUGCAUGGGAACGCUGAAAGUGGAGCCAUCUCACCCUGCUGAAGUCUACUCUCCUCGUCGGCGCUUCAGCCUGACCAUCACCGGAGACCCAGGGGCCAGAGUGGGUCUGGUGGCUGUGGAUAAGGGAGUCUACGUUCUCAACAACAAGCACAGACUUAGUCAAAGCCAGAUCUGGGAUGUCGUUGAGAAGUAUGACACAGGAUGCACAGCAGGCAGUGGUAAGGACAGCAUGGGGGUGUUCUUUGAUGCCGGCCUCGUCUUCCAUUCGAGCACCGCUGGAGGCACUGAAUCGCGCCAAGUACCUACAUGCCCAAAGGCAGCCCAAAGGACACGCAGGACCAUCACCAUUCAGGACCUGCCUAUCUCUCUGCUCAGCACUGCUAUUGCACCUUCAUUCACAAAGCCAGCCCAGAGGACACGCAGAGCCAUCACCAGUGAAGAAGAUGAUGAUGGCGCAUACAUAGAGUCUGAGUACCUUCUCUCCCGCUCUCAGUUUCAUGAGAGCUGGCUCUGGGUUGAUCUUGGGGACCUUCCUCAAUGCCCGGCAAAUAACAGACACUGCACCACCACUUCCAUGACACAGAGGAGCUUCCUGAAGGACUCCAUCACCAGCUGGCAGGUCACAGCCAUUAGCAUUUCAAAAACUCAUGGCAUCUGUGUGGCAGACCCCUUUGAAAUGAUUGUAAUGAAGGACUUCUUCAUUGACCUGAAGCUUCCCUACUCUGCUGUGCGUAAUGAGCAGAUCGAAAUCAAAGCCAUCCUUUACAACUACAAUGACUAUAAAAUCAAGGUGCGUGUGGAACUGUUGGAGACUGAUGAAGUGUGCAGUGUGGCCACCAAGAAGGGCAAGUACCGCACUACUAUUGAGAUGGACCCCAUGACAUCAAGAGCAAUGCCCUUCGUCAUCAUCCCUAUGGAGCUGGGCAAACACACCAUCGAGCUGAAGGCCGCUGUGUUCGACUCACAUCUGUCAGAUGGUGUCAAGAAGGACCUGCUGGUGGUGUCUGAAGGUGUGCGGACUGAGGUUCCAGUCAAGAAAGUUGUCCUCAACCCAAAAGAGCAUGGUGGGAAACAAUUUGAGGAAGUUCAGACCAAACUCCCAAAUAAGCAAGUACCGGGGACACCAGCCCAAACGUACGUCUCUGUUCAAGCCAAACAGAUCAGUCAGACCAUUGAGAAGCCCAUCACGGGAGAAUCAAUGGGUUCCCUCAUUGUGCAGCCCAGAGGAAGUGGAGAGGAGAAUAUGAUCACCAUGACACUGCCCCUUAUCGCCACCCACUACCUGGACACCACCAACCAGUGGGAGAAAGUGGGGCUGGAGAAGAGAGCCACAGCCAUCAAAUACAUCAACAUGGGAUACCAGCAGGAGUUGGCCUUCCGUAAGCCAGAUGGGGCAUUUGCUGUUGGGGCAGACAAACCAGGCAGUGCUUGGCUAACAGCGUACGUUGCUAAGGUCUUCGCCAUGGCCCACAGCUUUAUCACCAUAGAAAAGAAAGUGGUCUGUGAUGCCCUUAAGUGGCUGGUGCUGAAAUCCCAGAUGUCAGGUGGCAUCUUUAAGGAGACCUUCAAUGUGUACCAUGCAGAGAUGGUGGGCGAUGUGAGAGGAAAAGAUGCAGAUGCGUCCAUGACGGCGUUUGUGCUGAUUGCCAUGCAGGAGGGCAGGAGUCUCUGUAUCGAAAACGUUGCUAGUCUUCCAGGCAGCAUGAGGAGAGCUACUGAAUAUCUGGAAGGUCGGCUGAAGUUGUUAACCAAUCCUUACUCUGUUGCCAUGGUUUCUUAUGCCCUUGCCAAUGAAGGCAAACUGAACCAGGAGAUUCUGUUCAAGUACUCUGCAGAUGGCACUCACUGGCCAAUCCAUGGUAGCAACUUCUUCACUCUGGAGGCCACAGCCUAUGCCCUGCUGGCCCUAGUGAAGGCCAAGGAGUUUGAGAAAGCAGCACCCAUCGUAAAAUGGCUGAAUGAUCAACCGUUUUAUGGAGGAGGCUACGGAUCCACACAGUCUACCAUCAUGGUGCUCCAGGCUGUAGCUGAAUACACUACCCAAGUCAAGCAGCAGGACAUGGACCUCAACAUUGACUUCAUUAUGUCUGGACGUAGCAGGCCCAUUAAAUGGCAUUUCAACAAACAAAACUCUAUCAUGACCCGAUCAUUCAAGAUUAACUUGAAUGAAAACCUGACUGUGGCUGCUAGUGGGACUGGAGAGGCAACUCUGUCGGUGAUGACUCUCUACUAUGCCAUGCCCAGUGAGGUGAACACAGACUGCAAGAUGUUCGAUGUAGAGGUGAAGCUGGAAAAACAAACCAAAGUGACAUACCAGGGGGCCAGUGAAUCCUACCUGCUCACCAUUGAUGUCUUAUACCUGUCAAAGGAGCGCUCUACCACCAUGUCCAUCCUGGACAUUGGCCUGCUGACUGGCUUCAGUGUGGACGAAUCUGACCUCACCCAGUUAUCCACAGGUAAGGACAGGUACAUCCAGAAAUUUGAAAUGGACAAGAAGCAGCUCUCAGACAGAGGCUCGCUCAUCAUCUACCUGGAUAAGAUCUCCCAUACCAGACCAGACAGAAUUGCCUUUAGAAUCCACAAAAUGCUGGACGUAGGGGUCAUGCAGCCUGCAGCAGUCUCUGUGUACGAGUACCUAGAUAUGGAAAACCGGUGUGUGCGGUUCUACCAUCCCAUCAAUAAGGGUGGCGAGCUGAACAGGAUCUGUGACAGUGACAUCUGCAAGUGUGCUGAAGAUGUUUGCAGCAACCAGCGGAAAUCCAAAGAGGAGAUUGUGCAACGUAGAAUGGUAGCCUGUGAUCAUCAUGUUGGUUACGUGAUUAAGGCCACUGUUACACAGGUGGACCUUUCACUCACGAGAGAUACUUACCUCAUCAAGGUGGCCAAGUCAAUCAAACCAGAUUACAACAUGACUGAUGGGAGUGAGCAUGCUUUACUUGCACAACCAACCUGCAGGAUGAAGAUAGAGCUGGAGGUUAACAAAAGCUACCUUAUUAUCGGAAUGAAGCAGGACAUUUAUGAGUUUGAAGACAGCUAUCAGUUUGUGUUGGGUAAGAAAACCUGGAUAGAGUACUGGCCCACAGAGAUGGAAGCUCAACAGCCAGAGUUUAGUGAGAGAUUUAAGGAAAUUGAAGAUCUUGCUUAUGAACUCAAAACCUACCACCAGUGGUUAAGCUGGCCUGGGGCUCUCCCGGCACAUAAGCUUGGUCGUUUGUGUCCGGAUGUGCCUGCUUAACAAUUUUUCAUCUUCUGUGAAUCAAGCUGUAAUGUAUCUCAGUAGUAUUCUCACCAGUGGAGAUUGAAGGUUUUAGAAAGUGAGUAUUUUCUUUUGUUAUAGUUUUGUUUAUUUUUGUUGAAGGUAGAAUAUUGUUGUGGUGUGAUAAAAUGCCAUUGGAAAACCUGAAUGUAAAUAGUGUAAUAUCAUUAGGCUGAAAACUAUGUAUCAUUUGGGGAAAGUAAUUAAAUUGUCAUGUUUAUGUCAGCCAUAUUGUUCUCUUGGACACAAGGUCUAUGUUAACCUAAUUGUAAGUUGACAAUUUGGUCUCUUAAGACCUUAAAUCUAUAUUAUAUUAAAGGUAAAGUCAGUAAAGAU